CCCCUCCCUCCCCUCCCCUCCCCUCCGCGUCGUCCGUUCUUGAUUCCCGACAUCGGCCGAGCGCUUGAGAUGGUCACUGCUUCCAAGGUCGAAGGCGGCGGCGGCGGCGGCGGCGGCACUCAGGUACUCUCGGCUCGCGUCCUCAGCACCAUCCGGACGAUCAAGGAGAUCGUCAAGAACCACUCCGAUGCCGACAUCUACGCCGCCCUCAAGGAGAGCAACAUGGAUCCUAACGAGACCGCCCAGAAAUUGCUCACUCAAGAUCCAUUUCAUGAGGUGAAGAGAAGAAGGGAUAGGAAGAAGGAGAGUACAGCACAGACAAGUUCUACCGAUCAAAGAAAACAUUUCGAAAAUGUCGGACAGGGUAGGAAGUUCUCUGCACCAGUUGAUCAUGGCAUUCGAAAAGGCUAUACCCGGAACGCUUUGCCCAGUAAUUCUGGACAGGCAAGGAAGUCUUUACCUGGUAACGGAACAAGAAGCAAAGAGUUUCGUGUCGUGCGGGACAACAGAGUUAAUCACAGUGCAAAUGGGGAAAUGAGGGCUGCCUCCCAGGAGGAACAUCCACAACCCUCCACAGACCCAAUAUCAUCAACUUCUGAUAGAGGAUUGAAGGGAAGUUCAUCUAUUCUAAAGCCGUUGGGUGGGCAGAGUCAUUCUCCAGCUUUUAAAGUUGCUGGCUCGCUAGAUCGACGAGCCUUACCAGCCAAUUCAAGUGGCACUUUGGGGAAGGAAACAUUAGAGCAAGAAAGGGUUACUGAUUCGAGCGCAGUUUCGCGGGUACAAGCCGCGAAACCAACCAAAUCCCAGUCUCAUUCUACAAGUUUAGCGUCAACCAAUUCUGUGGUGGGGCUUUAUUCAUCUUCAACAGACCCUGUUCAUGUUCCCUCUCCUGAUUCCAGGUCAUCUUCUGUGGUUGGGGCUAUUAAGCGUGAAGUUGGGGUUGUAGGUGUGCGGCGACAGUCUUCUGAGGAUUCUGUCAAGCAUUUAUCAGAACCAGGUGUUUCUUUCUCUAAUUCUCCAUUGAGAAGGAACUAUACUCCUUCAGAAUCCUUUCAGCCUUUGACUGCUGUCUCUAAGACUGACCAACUUGGUCAGACUGCUGUGAGUCAGUCUGCUUCAGCCUCAACAUCAAGCAUCCGAUCAUCCAUAAGCAAUCAGUUCAGUGGCAAGCCACAUCAAGCUGUGGGCCAUCAGAAAGUUUCCCAGCCAAUUAAGGAAUGGAAACCAAAGUCCAGCCAGAGGCCAAGCAAUAGUAAUCCAGGGAUAAUUGGAACACCUCCGAAAUCUGCUGCUCCUACUGAUAAGAAUUUUAAAAGAGUUGAUUCACAAGUAGCUAACAUGCCAGAAAAGUUCGCACGUCUUAACAUUCACGAGGCGCAGAAUGUAAUCAUCGCUCAGCAUAUAAGAGUCCUGGAUGCUGAUCGCUGUCAGCUGACUUUUGGCAGCUUUGGUGUCGACUUUGAUACAUCUAGGAAUUCUGCUCCGGGAGGUGCUAGAGAAGAAUUAAAUGGGGAGUCAGCUGCAAGUUUGUCAGAAUCGGCCCCGGCAUCUUCUAGCGGUACUUCUGAAUUCAAACAGGUGGACAUGGUUGAGGAGCGUGUUAGAAAAUCGAGAUCAAAUUCUCCAACGUCACCUGGAACUUCUGAUAAUCAGCUGACAGACAAAGAAGAAGCAGAUGCUCAGGAUUUAGACAGAUUUAAUGCCAUUGGAUUGGUCACAGAUCACUCCCGAGUCAAUGCCCCUUCAGAGUCGCAACAGCAGCAAGAUCCUCCUGAACUUCCCAGCUUUUCAGCUUAUGAUCCUCGGGCUGGGUACGACAUUGCAUACUUCAGAACCACUAUGGAGGAAGCUGUCCGUGGACAGGGCCUACCAUCUCCUCAAGAGGCCUUAAGUUCACACGCCGCUAACAGCAUGCCGGUAUCAACAGUAGCCAUGGGAGGACAGCAGCAACACCAGCAACCACCACCAGUGGCUCAAAUGUACCCCCAAGUUCACGUUUCCCAUUUUCCAAACCUAAUGUCAUAUCGACAGUUUCUCCCGCCUGUUUAUGUUCCCCCUAUGGCCAUGCCUGGCUACUCUAGCAACCCUGCAUAUCCUCAUCCAUCUAGUGGCAACAGUUACAUGUUGAUGCCUGGAGGUGCUUCUCAUCUUAACACAGGUGGCCUCAAAUAUGGAGUUCAACAGUUUAAGCCUGUUCCAGCUGGCAGUCCUACAGGUUUUGGCAAUUUCGCUAGUCCUGCAGGGUAUGCUGUGAAUACUCCUGGCGUUGUAGGGAGUGCAACUGGGCUUGAUGAUUCAUCCCGAAUGAAAUAUAAGGAUAACAAUCUGUAUGUUCCAACUCCACAGGCCGAGACAUCUGAAAUGUGGAUGCAGAACCCUAGAGAAAUCCCAGGAAUGCAGUCCCCCUACUACAAUAUGACGGGGCAAACACCCCAUGCCGCAUAUUUGCCGUCCCACACUGGGCAUGCUUCCUUCAAUGCAGCUGCUGCGCAAUCUUCGCACAUGCAAUUCUCGGGCUUGUACCACCCGUCUCCGCAAGCCGCCGCAAUUGCGAAUCCACACCAUUUGAGCCCAUCUAUAGGGGCGAGCCUGGGAGUGGGGGUGGCUGCGCCUGCUCCUGUGGCUCAAGUCGGCGCUUAUCAGCAACCACAAUUGGGGCAUCUUAAUUGGACGACGAACUUCUGAAAGGAAAUGUUAAUCUGACCCUCUGCUUGCGAGCAAUGGAAGUGGCCUUUGCAAAGUUUCGAGUAUUUUUAUCAAACGAAUAACAUCUGUAAUCAAUUUUCGAUCAAUCUGUCUCAUGUUUAAUCAAAUCUAAUUUCUCUGUUGAUCUUUUGCUUCCUGAGUAUAUGUAUUAGAGAUGAGGAUGAUCCAGAGGCCUUGUAAAUUGAAGAGCUGCAAUCCUCACUUGACCA